AUGAAUGAUGGAGAUCAAGAGCCAUCGGUUAUAACAAUUCUGAUGCUUCAUGAUGAUUUAUUAUUAAACUGCUUAGCCCGCGUCUCAAGAGCAUACUAUCCACCUCUCUCAUUAGUCUGUAACAGAUUUCGCUAUCUCCUUGCUUCAAAAGAGCUGCACCAGACCCGAAUCCUCUUAGGCUGCACCCAGAGUUGUCUCUACAGACACACUAGUUCCAGAAAGAGUUUUGUUCCAAUAUUAUCUCCCGAAUUGGCUCGUGCGGGUGUUGCAGUGGUUGGUCCUAAUAUAUAUGCCAUUGGCGGUGGGAUGAAGAAUAAAACUUCGUCUAGCGUUAUGGUCAUGGACUCUCGUUCUCACAGAUGGCGGGAAGCUCCAAGCAUGCGGGUGGCUCGCAUGUCCCCAUCUGUUUGCACCCUUGAUGAGAAAAUAUAUGUGACGGGAGGCUGCGACAAUCUCGAUUCAACCAAGUGGAUGGAGGUUUUUGAUACGAAUACCCAAACUUGGGAGUAUUUACAGACCCCUAGCGAGGAGAUAUGCGGAGGCUCUAAGUUCGAAAGUGUAAGGUAUGAAGGAACCGUCUAUGUCUCGUCCGAGGCAAAGGAUGCGACUUACAAGCUACAUGAAGGUAGAUGGAGUGCGUGUGCGGCAGACAUGUUCGCGGAUAGGUUUUGGAAUUGGCCAUUAUCAAACUAUUGUGAGAUAGAGAAUGUGUUUUACUGUUUUGGUGUCACCAAGAUACGUUGGUAUGACCCAAAAGAAAGAGUAUGUAGAACUUUAUUGGGUUUGGAAGGAUUGCCAACCUUGCCUUGUGUUGGCCAUGUUAUAUUGGCGAAUUAUGGUGGGAAACUGAUGAUUUUGUGGGAGGAAUAUGUAUUUGCUGAUGAGAAGAAAAUGAUUUGGUGUGCAGAAAUUGCCAUUGACAAACGCCACAAUGGACAAAUUUGGGGUACGGUAGAGUGGUUUGACAAUGUGUUUACGUCCAAUGGGCCGACAAGUCUCUUGGGUUUAGCGCAUGCUCUUGCUCCUACGCUUUGUUGA